UCCGGCCAUCGGUUGUUGACAAAGCGCUGUCUCACUUAUUGCGAUCCCAACACAUUUAUGCUGUCUUCACUCUCUUUAAGGAAAUGGAGAGUUCAGCAUGGCAUCUCUCACUGAAACCGUGCGACAAACCAAAGUCAGUGUUCCAGUUUCCAGACACUGAACCUGGAGACGUCCAUCCAAGCAAAUACCUGGUGUCAUCACUCAAACAGCUGAUCUCAGCACAGUUACCAGACUCACUGCCUGACCCUGAGCUCAUAGAAUUUGUGCAUUGUGGCUGCCUGCUCAAAGAUGAACUUCCGUUAGACUUCUAUGGAAUAAAGUGUGGAUCAACAUUACAUGUAAUUAAAAAGAUGUGGCCGGAACCUGAGGUCAAGCCUGAGCCAGUGAACAGAUCUGCGGCCGCGAGAGAAUUCAGGAUCCUGCAGGCAGCGUUGCACUCGAGUGCAGUUUACAGAGAUGCGGUGUUUAAGAUGCUUAGAAACAAAGAGUCUUUGGACCAGAUUAUAGUGGCCUCACCGGGACUCAGUUCAGACCCUGUUGCAUUAGGUGUGCUUCAGGAUAAAGACCUGUUCAUACAGUUUACAGACCCAAACCUUCUAGACAGGUUAAUCGGUUCUCACCCAGCAUUGGUCAAUGCUAUCAUCUUGGUCCUGCACUCUGUAACAAGCAGCAUGUCCAGCCAAUCCAGCGCCAGCUCAUCCCGUAACGCUACAGCUAGUUCUUACAGUGAAAUGCCAGGGGGUUUUCUCUUUGAGGGAAUGUCUGAUGAUGAUGAAGACUUCCAAUCUGGAAACAGAGCUGGCUCAUCAAGAGCCCAUAGGCCAUCUACAGGGUCCCGACCGAUGUCACUGGGUCACAAUGGAGCCAUGGGACCCCGCCCCAUCACCCAGAGCGAGCUGGCAUCCGCAUUGGCUUUAGCAAGCACACCAGAGAGCAGUGGAAUCCCACCCACACUUGGUGCCCAGGAAAUGUCCUCCACUGGGCCAUCAGUACCGUCAGGGCCUCCCGUCACAAGCAAUCUGCUCAGUCAGGCACUGCAGCAAGCUCUACAGGCCUCUGGCGUGAGCUCACCACAGGGGCGCUGGCAGUCUCAGAUGCAACAGUUGAGGGAUAUGGGGAUCCAGGAUGAGGAACUUGCCCUGCGUGCGUUAGCAGCCACAAAUGGCAAUUUGCAGGCAGCUCUGGAGCUCAUAUUUGCUGGUGGAGGCAGAUUCUAGUUUGAGAAAGAUUGGACUAAGCCUUGAAAAACUGUAGAAGGACCAAGGCCAGCAGUUGACUGUUAAACAUUUACUGUUGCCUUACACAAAGGGCUGCCUUGUUUUUACUCUUUACUCAAAUAAACUCAAUGAUUGGAUUCAAUGAUUAAACCUU